GAACAUUGCAGCAGAGGCACAGAAGGAGCCUGCAAGGAGCUGGGAAAUACACACACAACAGCAGAACCACAACACCCUCCCCUGGACACACCCUACUGGGGAUCACUGCUUCUCUUUUUUUUCUGAACCAUCGCCCACGCCACACGGAGAGAAAUCUCUCUCUCAUCAUCGUCCUGAAGAAAACCCCCUUCUCCUCAUUUUCACACUGCUGAGGAAACCUACAAUCGCACGGGCUGAGCUUUCCUGCCGAAGACUGUCGUUUUUCCUUUUUCUUUUUUUUUCUUUUCGUUUGGAACCUGACAUUCGCCUUUCUCGAGCCACACCACGGCGUAAUAUCUGCAAGACAGCCUGAAGACCUGCCACUUGAAGGACCUAGAUCACUAUCAUCUUUGUACAUCAAGAAUGGUUACUAUAAUUAGCACCAUGGAAACUCAGGUGUCCAAUGGUCCGAGCGGAACCAGCCUGCCUAACGGCCCCGUCAUUAGCACUAACGGUGCCGCGGACGACAGCAAAACCAACCUGAUCGUCAACUACCUGCCUCAGAACAUGACCCAGGAGGAGUUCAAGAGCCUUUUCGGCAGUAUCGGAGAAAUCGAGUCCUGCAAAUUAGUCCGAGACAAGAUCACAGGCCAGAGUUUGGGCUACGGCUUCGUAAACUACGUGGACCCCAAUGAUGCCGACAAGGCAAUCAACACGCUCAACGGUCUCAAACUGCAGACCAAAACCAUCAAGGUGUCCUAUGCCAGACCAAGCUCAGCUUCCAUACGCGAUGCCAACCUGUACGUGAGCGGCCUGCCCAAAACCAUGAGUCAGAAAGACAUGGAGCAGUUGUUUUCCCAGUAUGGAAGGAUCAUCACCUCACGCAUCCUGGUAGACCAGGUCACAGCAGGUAUAUCGCGCGGAGUAGGAUUCAUUCGGUUCGAUAAGAGAAACGAGGCCGAGGAGGCCAUCAAAGGCCUGAAUGGUCAAAAGCCGCUGGGCGCCGCCGAGCCCAUCACCGUAAAGUUCGCCAACAACCCCAGUCAGAAGACAGGACAGGCCCUGCUUACCCAGCUUUACCAGACAGCUGCUCGCCGCUUCACCGGCCCUCUGCACCACCAGACUCAGCGCUUCAGACUCGACAAUUUACUAAACGCCAGCUACGGAGUCAAGAGCUCUCCUUCUUUCCUCCCCAGAUUCUCCCCCAUAACCAUUGACAGCAUGACCAGUCUAGCCGGCGUCAACCUGACCGGGCCCACCGGAGCCGGCUGGUGCAUCUUCGUCUACAACCUGUCCCCGGAAGCCGACGAAAGCGUCCUGUGGCAGCUCUUUGGGCCGUUCGGCGCUGUCACAAACGUCAAGGUCAUCCGUGACUUCACCACCAACAAAUGUAAGGGCUUUGGCUUUGUCACCAUGACCAACUACGACGAGGCGGCCAUGGCUAUCGCCAGCCUCAACGGCUACCGCCUGGGCGACCGCGUGCUGCAGGUCUCCUUCAAGACCAGCAAGCAGCACAAGGCUUGAAGGAAGGCCUAGUCACUACUGCUCUUUAACAUGCAGGGGGAGCUACUGAGCUCCCUGUACAUUCACUCUACAUGGGCCUGGACUGAGUCGCUCUCUAACACACAUUCGACACACACACAUACACACACACGUUUAGUUGUUUCAAACAAAAAUACACAAGUAGAGUUGUUUUUCUUUUCUCUUUACACAACAUGCUAGUCCUUCCCAACAUUUGCCUGUAUUGAAUUAGCAGAGUUGUGAGGCGGGGCUGGGCUGGGGAAAUCCACGAGGAGGGACAGUCUUAUGAAUGUGACAGAGAAUGUCUGCAGAGAUUUAAUUUAAUUCAGGCAAAGUAAGAGAACUGGUCAACGAACGAACGAACGGGGAAAAAAAAAGUUAAUCGAAUAUGUGCAAUUUACCCGAAAUCUUGCCCCGGUAACUCUCCUGUCUGGCUUCAGAGGAUGUAGUCACUUUUUUACACUUGGGCAUUUUGAAUCAGUGAUUUUUUAGAGAAAAUGAUUAAAACAGUGUUCUCAUAUAUAUUAUGAUAUAACUAUAUAUUCAACAUUUAAGGUGGUUUUAAUAGCCAAAUAUGUAAGCAUUUUCUAGAACUUUGAUUACGGUUUCCUGGCUCUACAUUAGGUUGCAAACUUGCCUUAUGGCACCACACACACCUUACUCGAGGUCCAACCCAACAACCGCUGAACAAACUGUGUGGAUGGUAGUCACAAAUCGAGAGGUCACCCGGGGGUCAUCACAAUCACCUCAGCACACCGAAAGACAACGUUCAUCAGAGACACUCGCACACACAUACACGCACAUGCACACACGCACCUCUGCUGGAGGGCAUAGCGAAACAUCACAAAACAUGGCGACCUAGAAUCUCGUAUCUUUCCACUCUGAGUUUUAGAGUUAGAAUUUAGAAUCGAUUCCACCACAUGCAGUUGUCUGUGUAACUAGGGGCAUUUCGACAGUGUUCCCAUGGCGAUGGCAUUUGGAAUUCUUCUGAAAGUCUUUCAAACCAAUUACGAAGGCCGACUGCGGAAUCCAGAACCAUAUUAGAUCAUUUUAAACAGGUUUGAAUGGCUCGGGAGUAGGAAAGGCUGUGUGUCAGCUCUUUGAGCAAAAGAGUGAGCUGUUAUGAAGGUCAGAGGCCACUGGGAUUGGUCGUCCUUGGUCUUCAUAAUUUCUCAGAUACAUUUAACUCCAUUCACUAAACAGAAUCGCAUUAUAAUUCACUUUCCCGAACCGGUUUUAGCAGCCCCUGCGUAUCUAAACGGCUACAUAUCAAAUAAAAUUUAGUGUCCUCAAGACCCUUUAAAGCAAGUCGCAGCCACAUGAGCUGCACAAAAAAUCUCAUAACUGAAAAAUUCCCUAGACACAUUAAAGACAAUGCCCAAGCUGUCCACAGCCCUGCGAUAAAACAAACGAAACUGUUCCAUGGGGAGAGACAUUGCUGUAAAAUUGCAAAACUUCACAUUAUAUGAAGAAAAGAACUGAAAGAUGUAAAUGUGUUCAAAUCAAGUGACAUUUUGCUUUUCUAAAUAACGCUGUGUUAGCCAAAGAGGACAAUGAUCUCUUUGAAAGGAUUACAUUAGAGAUUAAUAUAUUUUUAUAUCGACGAAGAAAAAAACCACAAGACCUUGUGCAACAUUUUUACAGAUUCUUAAAUCGUGGAAAUCUUUGGACACACCGCAUGGCUUUUAUUUUCAGAGUUUUCAACUUUGGGAGAGAGGGCCAGUCUGCGGUGUUAGGGCGGGGAUCGGAGGGUUGGGGACUAAGACUUACAUGCAGUGAAACCAUUUCAUUUUCAAAAAUACAAAAAAAAAAAGAGAAACAUACGAAACAUUUAAAAAAAGAAUCAGCAGACAGGUACAUGUAUGCAUUACGCAGGAAAGCGACGUUACGGUUUCUCUAAAGUGUUGAAAAAAAAUCAAGCGUUGCUUCAAUAACGGUGCAGUGAAGCUCGAAACGGCGUCACAUCGAACACCCAGAGCAUCUCAUCUUGUAUCGGCAAAAACAAAAAAGAAGAAUCACCUUAACGCUUCAGCAUGUUCGGUGCACCAAAAAAG